AUGGAGGAGAGAGAAAGCGUCUUUAGGCGGCAGUUGGUGAAAGUCCACAACGUCCCCCUGUUUUGGAGCAUUGCUGAGGAAUGGGCCCAGGUGGAGACCUUCCAAGCCAGGACAGAUGACCUUCUCAUCGCCACUUAUCCAAAAUCAGGCACUACCUGGAUUAGUGAAAUUGUGGACAUGAUCUAUAACGAUGGGGAUGUGGAGAGGUGUCAACGGGAUGCCAUUUUCAAUCGUGUCCCUUUCAUGGAGUUGAUCAUUCCUGGAAUGUCAAAUGGUGUCACACAACUGGCAGAAAGACCUUCUCCUCGAUUAGUGAAGACUCACCUCCCCGUGCAGCUCCUCCCCAAGUCCUUCUGGGAAAACAACUGCAAGAUGAUCUAUGUGGCCAGGAAUCCUAAGGAUGUUGCCGUCUCUUUUUACUACUUCCACCAGAUGGCAAAGAUGCACCCAGAACCUGGCACCUGGCAUGAGUUCCUGGAGAAAUUUGUGGCAGGGGAAGUGGUCUUUGGAUCCUGGUAUGACCAUGUAAAAGGCUGGUGGGAGAAGAAAAAGAGCCACCCUAUUCUGUAUCUCUUCUAUGAAGACAUGAAAGAGAACCCCAGAUGUGAGCUGCAGAAAGUGACCCAAUUUCUGGAAAAGGAAGUGACAGAGGAGGCACAGGAGAAGAUUCUUCACCACACCACCUUCCAGGAAAUGCAGAAGAACCCCACCUCCAACUAUAAGUUGCUGUCAACUGGCGAAAUGGACCACAGCGUGUCCCCCUUCAUGAGAAAGGGAAUCACAGGAGACUGGAAGAACCACUUCACAGUGGCUCAAAAUGAGAGAUUUGACAAGGAUUACACAGAGAAAAUGGCAGGAUCUACCCUGAAGUUCCAAAUGGAGAUCUGA